AUGCCUCCUGCCGCGACCGAGAAUGUUCCAGCUCCGGCUCCAGCUGCAGCUGCAGCUCCUAAGCCUGAAGCACAGCCAUAUCUCAGCACGAUGCCUUCUUCGGACUUCAGCUGGCAGAUUACCCUCGCGAACAAAGUAAUCGCAAUUACGGGCGCCAACCGCGGAAUCGGUUUGGGAAUCGCGGAGGUCUGUCUCGCGAACUCGGCCAAGUUCGUAUACUCUUUCGACCUGAUGGAGCCUGGAGAGGACUUUGCGGAGCUCCAGAAGAGAUACAGCAACUUCCGCUAUAUUCAAACUGAUGUGACGAGCGAAGAAAGUAUUGAGAAUGCUAUCAACAAAGUGAUUGAGGAAACGGGUCGGAUCGAUGGCUUGGUGGCCAACGCUGGAAUGACCAAGCAUCAGCCUGCACUCAAGUUUGACCGUGAACAAUUGGAUAAACUCUUCAAUCUCAAUGUUUUUGGUGCAUACUUCUGCGCUCAAAUUGUCGCACGCAAAUUCAUUGAGCUUGGCAUCAAGGGGUCUAUCGUCAUGACUUCCAGUAUGACUUCUUAUCGACCAAAUAGGGCUGCCCCUUCUGCCCCUUACGGUGCGACCAAGGCCGCAGUCCGGAAUAUGUGUCACACACUGGCCAUGGAGUGGAGCCAACAUGGCAUCCGCGUCAACAGCAUUUCUCCCGGCUUCGUUCGUACCGCAAUGACAUACUACGUUGAGAAGUCUCCGGACUGGGAUCUCAAGAUGCAAUACUACGGUGGUAUGCCUCGUCUGGCCGACCCACGGGAGCUUGGUGGAGCGUACGUGUACCUCCUCAGCGACGCGAGCUCCUACACAACUGGUAUUGAUAUCCCAAUCGCUGGAAUUGUGGGUGCGUGGUAA